UACAGCAAAUUUAUACGUAUCCGUAUACUAUUCAAAUUCUUUGACGCUUUCGUUCAAGAAUCAAGACGAUUACUUCGUACCUACAACUGGUGUUCAUAGAUCCAACUAUGCCUUCAUCUUCCAUGCUCCUAAAUAAGUUUGCUACUCGAAUUGUUUAGAGCAUUAACUGCAUGGGUCCCACUCUCUGGGCACAAUUCUUGCCUUCCUCUCUCUAACUUCAUCUUUACUUUCUCUCUCUACUGUUUUAUCAGCCUCUCUGGGACUUUCCGGAAUUUCCGAGGGAGGCAGCGGUGGUUUUGGUACGGAUUGCUGUGUGGGCGAUUGUUCUUGCGUCUGAAUUGAGUUUCUUUUUACUGCUGAAUAGAUUCCUCAGGUAAGAUCUAACAGGGUCAUUGCUGUGGUUCAAAAUCUGCGGCAUGGAGAAGCAGGAAAGUGAUAAGUCUAAAAGGUUAAAUGACAUCAAUUCAAUUCAGUCAUUUCGUUCCCAUGGUGAAAUGACAUAUAGGAAGUAUGUCGAUCCAGAGAUUUCAACUUCUCAAGGGGUGGAAUCAAUCAGUCCAACUGUUUCAUUCCAAAUUAGUGAAAGAUCCAUCUCGAGUUGCAGUGAUUUUUCAGUGGAUGUAAACUCUGAGUGCAGGGGGUGUGUUGAUGAAAGCAGCACAGACAGCAGUCAAGAGUGUCUCAGUACUAAUGUAAAUGGGGGUCUUCAUGAUUUUAGCUUACGACCUUCUUCAAAUGGAAUCAAUGUGGACUCUAAUCCAAAUCCAAAUUCUAAUAGAAGUUCAGAAGCGGAACAUAGUAGAGUAGAAAGCAACGCUGAUGAAGAAACAGGAAAAUCUUUGAAUGUUGAAAUGGAGGCUGACUUCUGGCUACCACCAGAUCCCGAAGACAGAGAUCUGGAUAUGGAGGGGAGUGUGGCUAAUUUUGAGGAUGAUGAUGAUGAUGAUGAGGUAGAAUAUGCUGAUGGUCUGAAUUUAGUUAGCUUUGGAGAAGAGGACUCUGGGAGCAUCAAGUUCAAAGAGGAAAAGAGGAAGGCGAUGGAGGUUGUUAUGAGGGGGAAGUUUAAGGAGCUUGUUGCUCAACUUCUGAGGUCUGUAGGUAUAAAACCCACGCAGGAAGGUUGUGACAGUUGGAUUGAUGUAGUGUCUUGUCUAUCAUGGAAUGCGGCUUCAUUUGUGAAGCUUGUUGCAGCUGGGGGAAAGGCAAUGGAUCCUGACAGCCAUGUUAAAGUAAAAUGUGUUGCAACUGGCACUCUUAAUCAAAGCCAAUUUGUUAAAGGUCUAGUCUUCAAGAAGCAUGCUGCUCACAAACACAUGCCGGCAAGGUUCAAGAGCCCCAGAUUACUUUUGAUUCGUGGAGCACUUGGCCUCUCUUCAAAUGAAUUGUCUUCUUUUGAAUCAAUGCAACAGCAAGAAAAAGAUGGCCUCAAAUCGUUCGAGGAAAUGUUAGAAAAGUGCCACCCCAAUAUUGUGUUAGUGGAGAAAGCUGUUUCUCGAGAUGUACUGGAAUCCAUUCUCAACAAAGGAAUGACAUUAGUCUUUGACAUGAAACUUCAUCGCCUGGAAAGAGUUGCUCGAUGCACUGGUUCACCUAUCUUAUCCUGUGAUUCUUUUACUGCUCAAACUCAAAAGCUAAAGCACUGCGAUUCAUUCCAUUUUGAGAAGUUCACUGAGGAACAUACUACUUCUCGUGAAGGUGGAAGGAAGCCCAACAAAACACUGAUGUUUAUUGAAGGGUGUUCCACUCGCCUUGGAUGUUCAAUUUUAUUGAUGGGGAGUAACAGUGAUGAAUUAAAGAGGAUUAAAUGUGUGGUCAGAUGUGCUGUUGUGAUGGCAUAUAAUUUAAUCCUUGAGACAUCCUUCCUUCUGGAUCAGAGGGCAAUGUUUUCUACUAUUUCCCCAACACAUUUGGUGACAGUAUCAGCUAACAAACAAAAUUCUAUAUCUACUGGUGAUGGUACAGAAAGCUUUUCUAAUAGUGAAGAUUCUCUUUCUCGAAUUCACUCGACAGUCGAUAUUGUGAUUUCUAAUGGGUUCGAUGCAGAUGGAGAUGAAAACUUACAGUCAGAAGGCAAACCUGCAUUGUCGCUAGAGGCGUACACGCCUAUCAUCCUUUCUGGUUUUCCUUCUCUAAGAGAAGUCAUGGGGGAAAGUUUUCCAAUAUUGUCUUCGUCCCGUCAAUCUACACCCUCCCAUCUUGGGUUUACAAGCAUCAUGGAUGAUCAGGUCCAACCUGAGGUUCAAGUUUCCAACCCAUCAGCAGUAGUUUAUGGUGUUAAAGAACCUAAAAUAUUCCCUGAUGAAGAAAAGGAUUUUGAGAAUGAGAACAAUCUCAUUUCUUCAAAGAGUCUUGAAGAAGAUUUGGACCCACAGAACAAUUUAUAUGAAGAUAAAAAAAAUGGGAGAGAUGAUAUCAGCACAUUAUUGGAUUCUGAAAGCAUUUUGGUUCUGAUGUCAAGCCGAAAUGCUUCUAAAGGGAUUAUGUGUGAGCAUAGCCAUUUUUCACAUAUCAGGUUCUACAAGGAUUUUGAUGCCCCCCUUGGGAUUUUUUUGCUGGAUAAUUUGCUAACUCAGAACCUACUGUGCAGAACUUGUGGUGAACCGCCCGAAGUUCAUAUUUUUUACUAUGCGCAUCAUGAUAAGCAGCUCAAGAUUCAAGUUCGUCGUUGUCCUGCUGACCGGGGCCUGUCAGGUGCAAGUGAAGGGAAGCUUUGGAUGUGGAGUCGCUGUGGUAAAUGCAAACAUGGAAAUGGAAAUUUAAAUUCUACAAAACGAGUUUUGAUAUCUGCUGCUGCCCGUGGCCUAUCAUUUGGAAGAUUUUUGGAGCUCACCUUCUCCAAUUCCUCUUUCCUCAGUGAACCGUCUAAUUGUGGACAUUCUCUUCACAGGGAUUUUGUACUCUUUUUUGGAAUGGGCCAAAUGGUUGCCAUGUUCAGAUACUCAACUGUUGCUACGUAUUCGGUGUCUGUGCCUCCUCUGCAACUUGAGUUUAAUAGUCCCAUAAAAGGAGAGUUUAUGAACAAAGAUGUCAAAAAUGUGUAUUCAAAAGGUUUUCAGAUGUUUAAGGAUAUUGAGAACACUUUAAAGGUUAUGUGGUCUCAUUCCCUCGGCACACAUUUUAACCUUGGAGAAACUCCUAAAGAAUUCAUUGAAAUUGAGGCAAUGUUGAAGGUGGAGAGGUCUCAAUUUGAGGUUGAUAUUGACCAUAUCAAUAACGGGAAUGUGGAUAACUUUGCUUACAAACUCCUGAGCUUGAACAGAAUACGACUGGUGCUUUUGCUUGAGUCAUGGAUUUGGGAUCGAAGGCUCCAUGCAUUACUGUCAUCUGGCAUCAAUAUGGUAAAACAUAGAUAUUCUCGAGUUGACAACAUGGUGCAUGGGAAAACUUGCCUGACACAGGAUGAAAAAGUUGAGAAAAAAGUCAAUCAUUUUAAGACAGACUUGGAAAAAGGUAAUUCUAUUCUAGACAACAUCAACAACGCUGGCAUUAGAAAUGAGUUGGAAGAUGGUUCUGAUGGAGAUGAAAUGGACGCAGUAGAAGUCAUCAUUGAAGGCCCUAUAGAUGAUAAUGCUUCAAGAAACACAUCUCCCCUUGAUUUGGAUGUUACUGAUAUUCACAUCGAAGAAGAAACUCAUCUUGAUGAACAAGUUGAAGGAUCACUAAUACAAGAUGACUCGUCAUCAUCAUCAUCACCUUCUGUCAUUCUUGAAGGCAAUAAGGACCCAAUAGUGCAACCUGAUAUGGCUACUUGUGAUGCAGGAUCGAUUUGGGCAGGUGAAGAGUGGAUAUGGGCCCCGUUUCCAGAAAUUCAAACUGAGUUCAUGAAAGAUCUCAAAAAAGGGAACUUGCCAAAAGUUGAGUUUGUCACUAGUCAUGCUGCAGAAAGUGUUGCAUCUGGACUUAUUGCUGAUGAAGCCUUGAAACUGCAUAUUCCUCUUGGUGACAAUGAUGAGUACAUUGUGUGUGACUUUGAGGAUGAACUCUCAAGCAUAAUUGCUUGUGCGUUGGCCUUAAUGAAGGAUUCACUACCCAAAUUAGUUCACGAUCUUGGGGAUGGCGAUAGAAGAAAAGAUAGGGUAAUGGAUGCCAACAUUGGUCAACAUUGGUCAUCUGGGGAGUCCUUAGAAUCUGAAAGGCGGAGCCAUUCUUCCAAUGCUAUUUUGGAUGAAGAAUCUAGCUCAUCAAGUUUUGAUAGGCUAGAUUCUUUGGAUCCUUUAAUUCUUUCAAAAGUGUAUCAUUCAGAAGUUAACAUGGGUGCUGAAAAGCACCAGGGGAAACGCAAGUACUCUGUCACUUGUACCUUUGCUAGACAGUUUCGGCAGUUGCGGGACCGUUGUUGUACAUCUGAAGAUAAUUACAUAGCUUCAAUAAGUCGGUGUAAAGCUUGGGAAGCCAAAGGUGGGAAAAGUAAAUCUCUCUUUGCUAAAACUCUUGAUGACCGGUUCAUCAUAAAGGGCAUUAAGAGGACUGAGUACGAGUCAUUUAUGGUGUUUGGUCCUGAGUAUUUUCAGUAUAUGGAUCAGUGCUUCGAAAUGGGGAACCAGACCUGUCUUGCCAAAAUUCUUGGCGUUUAUCAGGUUACCAUCAGACAAACAAAGAAUGGAAAAGAAAUAAAACAUGAGCUGAUGGUGAUGGAGAAUCUCUCAUUUGGUCGGAAUAUUACUAGACAGUAUGAUCUUAAAGGUGCUCUGCAUGCUCGGUUUAAUACAGCUAGUGAUGGGGGCAGAGAUGUACUUCUUGAUCAAAACUUUGUGAACGAUAUGAAUGCUUCUCCUUUGUAUGUCAGUAGGAAAUCCAAGCGAUAUCUUCAACGUGCUGUGUGGAAUGACUGUGGUUUCCUCAAUAUGAUCAAUGUGAUGGAUUAUUCUCUACUUGUGGGGGUGGACACGGAGCGGCGGGAACUUGUGUGUGGUAUCAUCGACUACCUCAGACAAUAUACAUGGGAUAAGCAACUUGAGAACUUGGUCAAAUCCUCACUCGUGGUCCCUAAGAAUCAGCUGCCCACUGUUAUAUCUCCUAAAGAAUACAAGAAGAGAUUUAGAAAGUUCAUCGACACACACUUUCUAAGUGUUCCAGAUCAUUGGUGCUCUCAAAGAUCGUCAAAGCCAUGCCAACUUUGCGGCACAGCAGGUCGCGGUGUUGAUUCAGCACCCCGGAAAUCCCAAAAUUUGGGUGGAGAUGAGUAGUAGUCAGUCCUCUUCUCCUAUCCCUCAACCACCUCGACAAAUCCAACUAAUUCAUUUCAUCUUUACCACGUCUGUGAUCGGUCCUAUUGAUAUAAUUGUACAUAGGAAAAUACAUGCACAGUGUCCUCAAGUAUACCCACUCUGCGAUUUUUAUAGCAUUUCAUGGGGAUGAUUAGAUUCAUUUAGGUCCAGGUGAUUGAUUCAACCUUGCAGAUAUAGAAAUAUACUUUCCUUUAGUGGAUGCUGAUGCCAAGUAAUUGUAAAAAAACCAAUUUGACUUCUCUACUACAUUAUAUACAUAACAUUUUUAUGAGUGAAAUAAUCUUCAUUCUCCUAUCAUUAUUACUACUGUUGUUAUUACUAGUAUUUUCACCCGUGCAACGGGUUGAUCACUCUUAUUAAUUGAUAUUCGUUGCAUACAUAUAUUCUUUGAUCCAUGGUAGCUAUUGAACUUG